AUGAACUAUAUUCAAGGAUCUAAUAGAGGCAUCAUUAUUAUUUGGAAUGUUGAAAAUUAAAAUGUAUAUUAUAUUUUAUACAUAAUCCAUAGAAAUCUAAACUGUAAAAAGCCAUAAAACUUGUGCCAAUAAUCUUUGUAUUUAUUCUACUGAAGAAAAUAAGCGUCUUCUUCUUAUUCAAGCCUAUGACUCCAUUCAAAUUCUGGGGAUUAAGGUCUAAAACUGCAGUUAAUCAAUUCAAAGAUUAUAACAUGUAAAUUAAUACUUUGGCAAUUUCACCUUAUUGUAAAUAAUUGGUAUCCGGUUCAAACAAUCGAUAACAUAUAACAUA